AUGGCAGAGAUUCUUGGGGUCGCGGCGUCGGCGAGCCAGCUUGGCGGUGCAUGUUUUUCUCUGAUAGAUGUCAUGAGAAAGAUAAAAGGGGGAGCGUCGACGCUGAAACGAUAUCACGAGCAGCUCCAAGAACUUCAGAGCCUUUCUACUAGCAUCUCUGAGAACCCCCUUCUCCAGACCCCUGAGAUUGGGACACAGACUGACGCUCUUCUUUUUAUCAUCAAUAAUAACUGCUUAAACUCUUUACUUCGCAAAAGCAGAGUUCUUCGCACCUUGGGCUUCUUGUAUAGAGAACAAGAUCUUCUUGAUAUCUUUGUUAGACUUGAGAGACAGAAGAGCAACCUUUGUCUAGCCAUAGAGCAGAUUCAGUCCAGAGCACUGCAUCAGAUACAAACUGAUAUACGCAUCAUGUCUGAGAAGAAAGCACCGAGUCCUCUAAUUCAGGGCGAUGCUUCUCGAACCGUGUCCGGGGUGCUCGUUCGUAGGGACUCUUCUAACAGUACCUAUACUUCAACCACCGAAGCAACAUAUAUCGACCUAGGAGCUGUCCACAAAUCGCUUGCCGAUAUGCGUGCUGCUGUUUCAUCUCAGUAUACGAUGCCGCAAACCAAGACGUCGCCCACGACGGAAGAACAGUCUUUCGGACAUCAGCAAACCCAGUUGUAUAUCAACCAUGAACAAUCUGGCACCCACUACUACAAGCUAGAUGGAAACAAGGGCCCACAAUGGUUCAAUGCCUACGCGGCUCCGGGGUCCGAACAAGAGAACAGACAGAUAUACGCCAUCAACGCCAGCUUCUCCAAGGAACUUGCCAAGAACCCCCCUAUCCGAUGCAUUCACCACAGUCCGAUCAAAAUGGGGGGAGGUAUCCAGAACAACCGUAACCUGCUUCUGGUUGAAGAGGAUGAUGAAGGGGGGUAUGAGGGCUUUGUCGUUCCGAAUAUGGAUGAACACCAAUGGAUCAGCCCGUCUGUCAUCCCCUGCUCUACAGCACACGGGGAGGAUAGUGUCCCGAGACAGAUCAAUGGCCUUGAGAUCCGGAUGAACAAGAGAAAGAACAACACGAGAAGCAAGGGGCAGAAGGUGAAGAAGUCCAAGAAGGAGAUGAAGGAGACGAAGGAGACGAAGGAGAAAUAG